AUAAAAAAUAAAGCAUUAAGGGGAAAAAAAGCAAUAAAAAAAGGAAAAGGCUUAGAACGGCCGGUGAAACAAUCCCGCUUUCCAGAAGAGAAACCACAUCGGAAGAAGAGAAAACGGACACAAAAAAGCUUCGCACCCCAUUUUCUUCACCGCGAACUCCUCCGAUUUCGGCAUCUUCCAACUGUCAACGAUUGGAGCGGACGAUAUUUCUGUCGGAAUUUUGGGUUUUAGAUGGAGAGGAGCGAGGAAGACGAUCGACCCGUCGCCGGAGCCUCUUCUUCAGGAUCCCUAAGAUCGAGGCUCAGAAACAGAGCAGACCCUUUCCUCGUUGUUUGCAAAUGCUUCAGCUUUGUCACCUCUCUUAUAGCGAUCCUCUGCGUUGUCGUCAAUGUUCUUGCCGCCGUUCGCUCCUUCAGGGAUAGUCACGAUAUAUUCGAUGGAAUCUUCAGAUGUUACGCUGUGUUGAUUGCUUGUUUUGUUGUUCUUGCGGAGACAGAAUGGGGUUUCAUCCUCAAGUUCUGGAAGGUAUUGGAGUACUGGGCUGGUCGAGGAAUGCUUCAGAUUUUUGUUGCUGUGAUGACAAGAGCUUUCCCUGACUACAUGGCUCAGAAGAAAGAUCUCUUGGUUCUGCAGAACAUUGCCAGCUACAUGCUCCUCUCUUGUGGUUUCGUCUAUGUUGUAUCGGGGCUUUUAUGCAUCGGCUUUCUGAAGCGUGCACGGCAGCAGAAGGAAAUUUCAAGGGAACAAGCCAUCAAGGACCUCGAGGACAUAGAACGCCGCAGGGAAGAACUCGAGCAAUUGCUCCUUCAACGGCAGGGUAGAGAUGAUGAUGCCUGAUCUUCCUCUCUGAGAAAAAGAUCAUUAUGUAUGUGAUAGGAUUGUGUUUGCUCACUCUGUUUCAUCCUGCCUAGGGUUGUUGCUGCUUAGGUUGUUCUUUUUCUUGUUUCCUGUUCAAAAGCUUGAUUCUUUUUUUUUUCAAUCACAUAGCAAGAAAACAUCGAGAGAUUCACGAAAUCUGUUUGCAUCCA